GAGCAUGCUACCUCCUAGCACACAGGCAAGUGCUUGUGUUUAAAGGCAGUGGUCUAAAGUUUAUUGAAAAUCUGUCUCAGACUCUUCUGCUGAAGAAAAAUCCAACAACUUUGGAGGCGUGAACUAGCAGGUAAAGCAGUGUGCAUGCAGAUCUUGGCUGUGGAGGUGAGCUCAGUGCAGUGUGGAGGACCAGAGAGCCUCUGUGCCGUGUUGCAAUCAGUCUGGGGUGCUGUGUGUCCGUGGAGGAAGGCAGUUUGGAAGACUGAGAAUUAAAGUCAAACUCAGAACUCAGGCCUAAUGGCAAAUUAUACUGUUCCUUCUCAACAUGGUGGGCAAAUUCCACUACAGACUCAGGACAGAGACCAUCUAUCAGCCCUCGAUGUUGUGUGGGCCAAUAAGUAUGAGGGUGAAAUGAUCAGUACUAAAGAUGCCAUGCUGAUGGAGUUUUACAGAGGUGCACCACCACAAUGGCUGAACUUCUGUCAGGCUGAAAGACAGAACUCCCCUUUUGUCAAAAGGGAUAUAUAUCAAGUACUAGAAAAAAAGAUCAAUGAAACUAAAAGAGAAAGACGGUGCAUUGCUCAUAUUAACUUGUUCCAUGAUCCAGGCAGUGGAGGGUCCACCCUGGCCAUGCAGAUACUAUGGGACCUGAGAAAAAAACUUAGGUGUGCCAAAUUAUUAGAUUCCACAACAGACACGAAAGCAAUUGCACAGCAAGUACUGCAAUUAUUUAGAGCAGGUGGUUCAGAAAACCAAAACACUGUUCUCCUUCUUCUGGACAACAAGUACACAAGUGAGGAUACUUCAUUUCAAGACAACCUUGAAAAAAACCUCUGCGAUGAAAUUAAAGCAAACAAUAUCACUACUAGAAUCCCUGUGGUCAUCGUUUUAAAUUGUCUCCGCCAGACAAACUUGACAGAAAGAUCAGAAUGUUUGAAACUGUCCUCAAGCCUUUCAAACAAUGAGCAAGGGAAUUUUACGAGAAAACAGCUUGACAUCACAACAAUAUAUGAAAAAAAUCAUACUCAACUUCAUGCCUUUAACAUUAUGCUGAGAAAUUACGAUCCAGCUUAUGUUACAGAGGUCUGCACAGCUCUUCACCCAUUAAAGAGAAACAAGAGGUCCCGUAAGCAACAACUUCUGGCAUUUUUGGCACUGAUUAACUCAUAUGUCCCUGGCUCUUAUCUCCCCUAUGAUCUUUGUCAGGGGUUCAUUGAUGAGGAAGGUAAUAAUCUUCCUUCUUUCUCUUUGAAGGAAUAUAUGCAGCCCUUCUCAGACUUUCUGGUUAUAUACUCAACAAAGGAAGGAGGGGCCAGACAUGUACGAAUGGUACAUCCCAUGAUUGCUCAUGAAUGUCUAAGAUUGUUAACUGAAGCUGGUGUAACCAGAGGUGACACUACAUUGAAGUUACUGCAAGAAUUGUGCAGAGAUGACAUGCCUCUAUUUUUAGUGAAAAUGAUUAAAAAAUUACUCACCAAGCGAGAAUCUAAGCUGCAAGAACCGGACCAAGAGGACAACAACAGAGGCAGCCCAGAAAAAUUCUCCAAACUGAUCCUAGAUAUAAACACCGAAGAAGGCUCAUCCAUGUGCGUUGCAGUGUUGAAAAUGGCCGUGAAGAAAUUUACAACGGAUCCAUUUUAUCCACAAGCUCUUGCCCGUUUCUAUUACAUUGAAAAGGAGGAUUAUGUAAGAGCUAAACAUUGGGCUGAAAUGGCAAUUAUGAGGGAUGAAAGAAACUCUUUUAUCAGAGACACCCUUGGACAAGUGCAUAAAAACUGGUUAAGAAAAAUUAUCCAGAAAGAAAACUCAUCCUCUAAAAACCCAGAAGAACAUGCUAGAAACAUCUUGUGGCAUGGAAAAAAAACAACUGCAGUUUUUAAAGCUGAAGAAGAAGUUGCUAUGGAAGAGGAGGCACCAGAGAUGCAAGAGCAUGGCAUGGCAAGCACUUCUACCAUCUUCAACAACCGGGGCAUCUUUGGAUACAUGCAAGUGGCAAACAUAAUUUUUGACCAUCUCAUAAACCUCAACAGUGAAUGGUCCAAGGUACUUACAAAGGAAAUAUCCCCGCACCAUCUUCUCAACUCUUAUGGAAAUGGCAAAUUUGAAAGGUAUAGGAGUUUCAUUACAAGUCUAAGAGGUGAAGUUGAGGACAAGUUUGAAUUUUUUGAACAGUAUCUCCUUUACUCGAAGCCAAAGGUAGACAAAAGUGAACCCGAUUACUUUUGGCCAGAAGUUGAUAAAUGCUACAGCAAAUUUGUAACACAAAGCCAACAUAACAAAUCACCAUUUCAGAUCCUCAAGCAACAAAAGGCCAGCACAUGUGCAGGAUUACUGUCCACAGAGGCCCGAGACACUGCACUGGAACUGAUCGUUGAACAAUGGAAAGAAAUUUAUUUGCAUUCACCGCGUGAUUCCCAGAUUAUCCAAAACUACAUUGUUGCAAAUGUCAUGUUAAAUCAGAGAAAUGGCAGAUCUACAGCACUCAGACCACUGGAAGAACUUCAGACAAUGCUAUACAAUCUCUGGACAGAACAAAAAGAUAAAAGACGUCCAGAGUUCUACCUCUUGGUCCUUCUGCUCUUUUGGCCUGAUGCACAACAGGGCAGACACAACAGUCUGGACAUAUCUGAAUGUGUUAGAUAUAUGCAUCAAUCCUUUGAAAGAACAUACAAACAUUACCUACGAGCUCGUUACCUGGUGCCUCUCUUCUUCCUCACUGCAGGCCAUGGACUACAGAGAUUUGUCCAUAAAUCAUGUCUAGAUGAAAAUUCAAGUUUUUGUCUUACUAAAGGAUAUGAAAUUCCACAACUACUGCGUGUGAGAGGGGAGGUGAGAAAUUAUAAAGUUUUUGCUGUAGAAGGGUCUGAGAACAUUGAGGUUUCUCCCUAUCAGUCAGCCAGCCUGCGUGAUCAAGGAAAGGUUUCUUUCUAUCUUGGCUUUAACAUCAAGGGACCUGUAGCUUACAACAUUAGAUAUGAGCAGUGAAGCUGAAGAUGCCUGUAAAUACAUUAGAUAUAAACUUGAGCUCAAAUUAAACAGUUGGGUUCAGUGAAUACACAGAGAUUGAACAAAUGCAAACUUUAUGUAACCUCCAUUAAGCAGACCCUCCAGGAUUUCGUGAUGUUGCGAUUUGCAACUUCAACACAAAUUCAACCAAUCCCCGUGAACUCAGGGCGGUGUUGCAAUUAUAUCCAAUCACCGCAACUUUCCCGCAAAUUUGACCAAUCGUUAGUGUCGUCUUGAGGAGAGACUGCCUGCACACAGUACUCGUAUUAAUAGUUUUUUUUCUUACAUGAAAGCUGAGGCAUUUAUAUUAUAUUUUAAGGUAACUUCAUGUUGUGCUGUGAGGUUCUAUGCACUUUAACUUUUGAACCAACAGGUGCAUUUGGAUAAGUAAAGCCUAUUUUUCUGCAUUUUUGUAAUAUUUUAUAUUGGUAAAGUUGUUUAUAGGACCAUUUCUCAGUGCCUUUGUUUUUUUUAAUCAAUAGUUUUUCAGUAAUAACUUAAUAUUUAACAUAUCACUCAAUUUUAAUCACAAAAAGAGAAAAUCGCAACAAUUUCUCGCAACUUUCACUUCCUCCCGCAAUGUAAUCGCAACAAAAACCUAAAAAACACCGCAACUUUCAUCGCAAUUUUUUGGAGAACCCCCCCAACAACAUCAGACAUUUUAGCCCGCAACAAUCACAAAAAAGGCCUGCGAAAUCCUGGGGGGACUGAGGAUGAAAGUAAACAGGGAUCCUAAACUUCCAAUAACUAUAUAAUUACUGGUGUAGGGUCAAUUUAAUCAAUUGUACAUGAUAUUAUUAUUAAUUUCCUUAAUUUCCUUUUCUUUUUUUGGAUGACCAUGAAAUAUUUUUAAUCUACACAUGAUUUGAGACACUGCAUUUAUUUAAAUAGAUAAGAGAUAACAUAGAAAAAUAGAUAACAUUCCCAAGUUUUUGAGUGGAUUUACAGCCUAAAACAUGCAGUACAUUAUGGUUAUGUCACACUCUCCAGAUGAUUCCAGGUCAGACUCAAUGGAAACUGAGACCCUUUCAGUUUUUGGCAAACUUUGCCUUGGUAUGCAGCUGAAGUUUGUAGCACGUUUAACUCAACUCUGAAUAUUUCCCUCAUUAUGUCACUGCACACUCUGUCGUUCAUCUCCUGCACAUUCAUAACAUCAGUGUAAUUUCUUCUUUUAUGUUAAUACAAUAAUAGUAAAAGCAAUGACAGCUUUAGCCAGCACAUGUUGUGUCCACACAAUCAUAAAUGGUUUGGCAUCAAUAACUUGGAUGUACCUGUAAACAGACAUUUCGGAAGUUAGUCAUUUUGUAACCAGAUGUCACUAUUCUAAGCUAAUCAGCUUGGCAGACCAGCAAAAAUGUCUCUGGAUAAUGAGAUAAUAAUCAGGUUUGCUGCACAUAAGGUGAUUGUAUGUACUACAUAUUCUUUCUUGUUGUUGUUGUGCUUUUGCACUGUCAUCUGAAAUAUGUGAAGCUUAUUUGUAUUUC